CAAAUUCUCAAUGUUUUCCGGGCUGACUCGUUGACGGUUUUGUAUUUUUAUGAUAAUUGACGAUGGAUAUCCGUGAUUCCGAGCGGAUACCCGUGUGCAAUUCAUCAGGGACGGCAAUAAGACAGUUGCCUUUUAUGCAGCGAGAAAUUUUGAACCUGAAAAAACCAAUUGGUCGGCCACUACCGAAAGAAAAUCACAGGACAGUACGCGGCGAGGAAAAGCUUGCUUCAUCGGACGCGCGAACGGAGAGAGAAUUUACCCAUGGUUCGACUGAGUUUUGCGCUAGUUGUGCGUGCUUGGAAUGCGUGGAGUAUAGGGAAACGGUGGCCACAGUGCUGCAGGACCAGUUGAUUUCGGUGGAGUUGUGGGACGCGGUGAAAAACAUUUUACAAAAUUGCUACAGAAACAUACUCAGAGGUUGCUCCUCGUCUGUAUGGGAUCUAUAUCAUCAACUCACUUCCGAAGCGAAAUUUGGAUGGCAAAGCGACGGUUGCGUGAAUCGAACGAAGAAGGAACACUUGGAAUUCAUCGCAGGCGUGUCAGAUGAAGUGACAAAGUUUGUUUUCUGCUGUACUUUAUUAUUAGCUGAUGAUAGCCACCAAUUACUCGAAUUACUGAGUUAUGAAGCCGAAUGUUUUGCCCGAGCGUAUGCCAGAGGAAUUCAAGAUAGACGUUUUACAUCUUCCCAGACUGACGUGUCAGCAGAAGAUAAAAUAAAUUAUAUUGUCCAAGGAUAUGAAAAAAUAUGUGAACUCUCAGAAAAGAUUAAAUCCCUGUUAUUCACCUUUGAAAGUAACCAUUUGAAGAAAUUCCAUUUGACAUGGGUACUUUUGAAUAGGCGCAUGUAUCAGAAGUAUGUCUUCGCGUCUUUCUCUGAAACAGCGAUUCAGUGUAUGUUGAAGUUAAAAAGUGAAGUCUCGACAAGUAGAUACAUUGAAAUUCUACGGAAAUAUAUAAAUUUUGAUGAUGAAAUGCUGAGCGUGAAAGAGAACUGGAAAUCUGUUUGGGAAUUAUUGAACAGACACCACAUGGCUGGUGAAGACAUUGAAAGAAGAGAACGCAUUCGUCUCAUACACAACACAUUUGAAUGCAUACAAGAUUUAUCUGAUGAACGCUCCCAUGGAGUUGUCGAUAAGGCUAGGUGGGAAGAUUUCGAAGAUCGAGGCAUUGUAUGGCAGAAUGUGAUUUCAGCAGCCAAAAACAUCUGGCAAAAGAAUGAUAAGACGCGUUUAAACGCAACUGUUCAUCUGGAAAAAUGCGUAAGUUGCAAAACGUGCACGGAUAAUCAUAAAAUAUCAUGUAAAUGCGUUACAUGCUCUAUAGCAGGACCUUACUAUAGUAGUGCAAAGGAAGAUCUCGUUAAGAACUUGUGUUACAAGUGUGCUUUAGUACAAAAUGCAAUUCAAGAUAAGACAGGAUCGUCGGCUUUCAUUAAUAACCUAAAAAAGGCAUUGAAGGAAGAAUAUGGAAAAAAUGUAAGCGGUAAACUUCUCAACAAUCGAAGUAGUAGUGAAUACCACAUUAGUUGGGCGGUUUUUAAAAAUUUAGAAGCAGAUAACAAGCCAUGCAAUAUGCACGAUGUAAAUGCAGUGAAUUUCUGCACGGAUUGCCAACGAAGUGAAUGCAUGCUGGGUAGAAUGAUAGUUAAUAACGAAAUCCCAGCGGAGUUAUCAAAACUGGCCAUAUCGUUCUAUCGGCCAUUACUUCUAAGCACGGAGGAAAACGAAGCAGCUGUUCCAAGCGUAAAAGUCUAUCUGGAACAUAUAACAGUUGCGGGUGUUUCACCAUUCUUCGAAAGUGAAGAUUUUAUAUUGAAAACUUUCCUCUCAUUUUGCCACUCGGUUUUCUUAAAGCAUUAUGUGGAUAGUUUACCAAGUCAUCAAGACUCAUUGAAUAUAGAAAAUAUUCAGAUUUCGAAAAAUGGUGUUCAUCUGAAGACUGAAUACUUGAAGCCUGUCCCAAACAACAGCUUUAUUGGGACUUCUUUAGUGGAUACACCGAAUCAGUUUACAUAUCAUUCUAUCUUGGCACUUCUAAAUGACACAGAGCCGAACCCAAAUCCGCAACUAUCCCAAGGGGGAGUUUCGUCGGAAGUUCAGCUAACUGAUAAGGAAGGAGUUGAGUUUUCUAAAAACUUAAGCAGAUCGAAACAGCAGAAGAAAAAUGUAAAACCACAAAAGCAAGUUGAAUCCGCCCCACUCCAGGACGAGGUCUGUAAAAAUGAUCAAAUGGUUAAGGGUCGCUUAGAAAACAUCGGAAAAGGCAGUGUUGAGGAUUUGUCUUAUAAAGGUCCAGGGAACGAUAACACAAAGAAAACAAAGGAUGCACUCAGCAAUAAGAAAAGCGUUGAUAAAUGGAUCAAGGAGACAUUAAACUUUAUAGAAGGCGACGAGAAAGAAAAGUUUGCCAGUAAAAAGGCAGAGAAAAAGCAUCGGCAAAAGUUAAAGAAAGAAGAACUCAAACGGGUUGAAGAGCUUCACAAUCUAAAAGCACAAUAUCAAGACAUUUACUUCAAAGAAUUCGCUGCAAAGCAGGAAUUGAAAAAUUUCAAAUCUGCCAAGAAAAAAGACAAAAAGAAAAUUCUCGAAAUAGAAAAUAAUGUUAAGAAGUUGAAUGUUGCUAAAUUGAAAGUUGAAAAAAGCAUUCUCGAAUCUUUGGCCAUAGUCAAAUCCAUCAAUCCUAACUUCAAACUAUCUUACCUGCCCACAAGGGAGGAACAAGAACAAGCUAUGCAGAAGCAUGAAAUAAUUAAAGUUGAUGAGGACUCCGCGUCAAUAUCACAAAAAGCUGCUGCAAAUUUAAGAUUACAUAUGCCCGUCAGCACGGCUUUUAUUGAAGCCGAGCCUUGCGCUACUCCGAUGUCUUCCACGGAAUUCAUAUCGGACCCAUCGAAAAGAAUUGUAACAAUUCGUCGUGUUAAUCUCCCACAUUUGGCCGAGCCUCAAGUGACAGUUACCGCAAAAGGAGCUUCUCCACGAGAUGACAAACUUUUAUAUACUUUUAUUAAUGGACAAAUCGUACCUGCAUCUUCUUUGGAUACACAAAUGCUUAGCAUCUUGACAUCUCAGACUACACCCUUUGCUCACAAAGAUCUGCAUCCUACAAUUCAAGAGCAAGGGAGUUUCACAAAUGUUUUGAGCGGUUCGCACUGCACACAUGAAAGCAGGUCUGGUCAGAAGGAUGUAAUAUUGAAAUUCAAUCAGGUGGAGAAGGGUGGCAAGGUUACCUCUGACUCUAAAAAUAAUAAAACGAAGGGAUCAGAUCGAAAUUCAAGAGUUAUGUCAAACAAUGCUCUUAGAAAAGAAUAUGUGCGGUCAGACUCUGAUAGAAUACCAGCAGUGAUGAGCGAAAACCACGUGAAUCCAGUGAACGGAAGCGAAACCAGUAGUGAUUGUAAGGUAAAAACUAGGAAGAAAAAGAGGAAAGCGAAAAAGCGACCAGAUGAAUGUUCAAUCACUCCAAUGGAAACGGAAGAGGUUGUAAGCAACAGCAACUCGCCCAAUUGCCGACCACCCGUAGAAACAACCACGAAUUCUAUUUGCGAUUCAAUGAGAAGUUUAAGCAUCAACGCAGAGGCAAUCGAUGAGCACAAACGAAACGAGGUGCGCCAAAGUUCAUCGUAUACGCAUUUGAAUGUUAGCAUCAUGGACCAGAUCAACAAAGGUAUCCAAGUUGAGAAUCUGACAUUACCGCCGGGCAUCACAUUGACGAAAGUUGACCCCGUCGAAGCAGGGAGAAUAAAGGCCAAACGCGAAUCGAUCGAAAGGUUAUCCCGUCAAAUGAAAGAACCCGAGAAUCCCGUGACUAUUCUCCCCAACCACGUCGACCUGCGUAUAAUGAACCAUGAAAAUGUUAUAAACUGCCAGAAAAGUACGUUUUCAGAAGAAACCAAUCCUCCACGAAGUAAAAGGAAACAGAAGAAAAACAAACAUCCAAAAAGUGCAAACGCUAAAAACGGAAACUCUAAUCAAUCUGAGAUUGUGACUCUACGUAAUCCCAUAUUUCAACAGGCGAAGGGAGGUGAAAUGCCACUCAACCUAGCCGGCAACUGCAUGCAAAUUAAGUCUCUGCCAAUGGACCAGCCGGCUGCUAUUAUAAAGAACGAAAACGGGAUGUUUACUAUUCGCAAUCCGGCGCUACAUCGAGCUGCGCUAUCACCUCAGGCUGGUGCAAUGUCGCCAUUUCCGUACUUAUACAUAUCGAAUCACAGAGACGCAGAUCAAACAAUUGGGAAUAGCGGCUCAAGGGAUAUUCACUCGAGGAAAUCGUAUGAAUAUUAUAAUACAUGUCAGCAAUCGGCGUACAGCAACCAUCAGUACGUUAGUCCAAUGGGACCGAAUAGUGAUGUGAAAUGCACCAACACAAGGCCUGAACUUAAGAUGUAUAAUGUUAUAAAUGAGCCUUCUCGUUUUGUCAUCGAUUCAUCAAGUGGAGUGGAAAACGUUAAAUCUGUCAGUGAUGCCACUGACUAUGAUAAGAUGCAUAUCCUAAGAAACCUAAAGCCUGGGCAACGGCUGAACAGUGAGGUUACAAUUCACAAUGUCAAUGAAAGGAGUAACGAUAAUUUUUCCUCACAAUCUGACAGCCUAGAAAUUAGGCCCUUACUCCUUGAAAGAAUGUCACUAGAAUCUUCGAAGCUAUGCUCUAAUUGAAUUGAUUUUUACUUUUAAAAAUUUGAUAAUAUUAGCAAUAGUUCUACAAAUCGAGCACUGACGAAAGCAUAUGUCAUGCUGAAUAAAUACUACAAUAUAGUAAUUUUUACAGAGCAUAGAAUAGCGAGCAACUCUCCAUUCUGGGACUAGUGACCUUUCAACCAACAAUUCUUGGACAAAACAAAAUGCAAUGUGAUAAAGAGGAAAAAUGUUUCUUGACAAUUUUCGUAAAACUUAGUAUGUAAGGCGUUCACAGUGUAAGAUAAAUUUAAUGCAAUUCAUCUUAAUAAAAUGUAUAUGAAGAGAUAAG